UCAUGCGCAGGGAAGGUGGUUGGGAAGUUAGAGGGAUCUGAUAUGUUUCCUGAGUCUGAUCGGGGAAAAUGCCUGCUGUGCCCCACAGUGAAAGAUCGCUACGGGGACCGGGACGGCGGCGCCGGCUCCAGCUCCGAGUCUGACUCCAGCGACGAUCGUGUGGAAUUUGACCCCCAACAGGACCGCGACUUUUACAGGACACUCUCCUUGUUGAAGAAGAAGGACCCCCGCAUUUAUCAGAAAGAUGCCACCUUCUAUCAGAGAACAGGGUCCACAGAGUCACCCUUAUCCUCGGAGAGUGAGGAGAAGCCUGCAGCCUCAGAGAAGAAGCAAGUGCGGCCCAUGUACUUGAAAGACUACGAGAGGAAGGUCAUCUUGGAGAAGGGCGGCAAGUACGUCGAUGAGGAGAACUCAGAUGGGGAGAACUCUGAUCAGAGACUCCAGCAGAUCUCAUCACAGAGUUACAUGGAGGAACAGAAACAGCUCAGAGAGAGCUUCCGGCCGUUUGUGGAGGACAGUGAGGACGAGGACAGUGCUGGAGAAGGCGGCUCGGGCUUGCUGCAGAAGCGCAGGAAGACCCGGGAGGAGAAGGCCCAGGAGGACGCUGACUACGUGGAGUGGCUGAAGGGACAGAAGGAGACUCAGAACCCCGAGGCCCUGAAGGAACUGAGGCCUCUCAAGGAGUAUUGGGACAACCCAGGGCUAGAUGAAGGGGAGCAGUUCCUGCGGGAUUAUAUCCUCAACAAGCGCUACGAGGAGGAGGAGGAUGACGAUGAGGAGGAGGAAGGGAUCCCCGGCUCCCCAGUCCAGCUGGCCGUGGACGACUCCUCGGACGAGGGUGAGCUGUUCUUGAAGAAGCAGGAGGACUUCGAGCACAAGUACAACUUCCGCUUUGAGGAGCCGGACGCAGCCUCGGUCAGGACCUACCCGCGCAGCAUCGCAUCCUCUGUGCGCCGCAGGGACGAACGCAGAAAGGAGAAGAGGGGAGAGACCAGGGAGCGGAAGAAGAGGGAGAAGGCCAGGAAGCAGGAGGAGCUGAAGCAGUUAAAGAACCUGAAGAGGAAGGAGAUUCUGGCCAAGCUGGAGAAGCUGAGACGAGUCACUGGCAACGAGACGCUGGGCCUGGGGGAGCAGGACCUCGAGGGCGACUUCGACCCCACCCAGCAUGAGCAGCUGAUGCAGAAAUGCUUGGGUGAUGACUUCUACGGCGCUGAGGAGGAGGAGAAGCCUCAGUUCGAAGAGGAGGACGGGUUUGAAGCAGAGGACUGGAACUGGGACACGUGGGGCGGGCCGGAGCAGGACGGCCUGUGGAGCCAGCAGGAGCCGCACUGCGAGGACCCCGACUUCAAUAUGGACGCAGACUAUGACCCCAGCCGGCCGCAGAAGAAGCGGCUCGAGGCCCCCUCCACGGGGAGGAAGAAGCACAAGUCACCCUUCGCCGCGGCCGUGGGCCAGCGGAAGCCCGUGUUCGACCCUGCGGACAAGACCUUCGGGGAGUACCUGGAUGAGUACUACGGGCUGGACUACGAGGACAUCAUCGACGACCUGCCCUGUCGCUUCAAGUACCGCAGGGUGGUACCCUGUGACUUUGGGCUCAGCACUGAGGAGAUCCUCUUGGCCGACGACAAGGAGCUGAACCGCUGGUGUUCCCUGAAGAAGACCUGCAUGUACAGGUCGGAGCAGGAGGAGCUGCAGGACAAGCGUGCCUACACCCAGAAGGCCCAGAACUCCCAGAAGAAGCAACAGAUCUUUAAGUCGCUCUGCCCAGAGGACAUGGAGACAGGCACAGGAGCCCCCGGGAAAGCGCAGAGACGCACAACCGGCCCACAGGAGCAGCUGCUGGCGCCUGAGGGAGGCAACUGGAAGCGGCCCCAGCCGGAAAGCCCCCCGGCACAGGAAGAGGAGGCCCCUGUGUCGCCCCACAAGACUCCAGCGCCCCAGAAGCGGUGGAGAAGCACGAAGGCGCGUUUGCUGGGCCCCACAGUGACACUCAGUGGCCACGAGUUCAGCCGCCAGAGACUGCAGGCCUUUGGCCUCAACCCCAAGCGGCUCCAUUUCCGCCAGCUGGGCCGGCAGCGGAGAAGACACCAGGGACGCAAGGGCUGUCCCUGAGCACGGGACAGCGGGCACGUCCUGCCGCCCUGUGUGCCACGGCUCUGAGGCCCGCCUGGCUGACACCCCUCAACUCCCCCUGGAAUGCUGGCCGCUGCCACAGUGGAGUCCAACAGCUUUAUUACCCCAGCAGCCACGUCCCCCCAGGGACGGCAGGGCACGGCAGGUCCGGUGCAAACUACAGUACUGAGUCAGGCCCUGAGUGGGUGCCCGGGUAUCUUCCCUGCCCCCUGCCCUUUGAGGGGACCCAGAGGGCACAGCUGGCCAAUAGCAAGUGGUGGGAUUCCUAGACUGGUCUCAGCAGGGCAGGGGAGAGGCCAAGGAAGAGAGACCCUGCCCUCCUGUCAUCUCCUGAGUUCUAGCCCCCCCCCAUGGCAUAAAUAAAAAAAUAAAUAGUCUCGCAUCUUC